AUGGCUUACCAAUAUCCUUAUCAACUUCCCACCACCACAUUUCCUCUAUCUACCCCGGAUACCCAGACACUGCCACCGGCCCUUCUGCAAGCUCUCCAUCGACUCGCCACAUUUUCUUCCGACAUCCAGCUCUUAACAGCUCACUUUGCUCCACAUCUCCAUUUCCACGCGCAUCAUCCGUGCUUCUCCAAGCCUACCCCACAACACUUUGCUCGCCGCCGGAAGCCAACAUCUCGCUCAACGGCUUGGCGAUUACAAAACCUUCAGUCUUCCAAUCCCAUCACUCACCUUCCAGCUUCAAAUGUUACACCCUCAUCUUUGAUUGCUACACAUGCCCCACUGCGGCCGGUUUCGACUCCACCAUUUGAUCCAACACGACAUGACUCGCAAGUCCCGCGAUCAAGCUAUGUGCCUCCUUGUAUCACUCGAUCACGCAUGCAAACAGAACCUGAUAGGCUAGCCCGAUAUGCUUUAUCAAAUCAUCAGUCUGAUGAAUCAAUGUCACAGAACAGCAUCACGCCUAGAUCAAUGACCUCCGCAAGCACUGCGAUUGAUCUGAUCCGCACCGAACAUCCGCUCGAUCUAAAUUUGCUUGUUCCCGCAACUGUUGGGCCAACUGUUACAACCACCACACUUGGUCUUGCACCUGACACUGCUGUCGAUUUGUCACCUAUCACCACAGCAAUCAAUCUAACACCGGUGUAUUUUGUCAGCGAGCCUACUAGUGAUGUUGGUACGGAAUCCAUUCAUGACAGUUCCGAAACGGGUGACAAUUCAGUAACUCCCGAUGAGGUCGGCGAAGAACUCAUUACACCGGCUAUUGUUCAAGUGGUAUCUGAGUCUCAAACUGCCACUGCUGACAAUCCAGAACGUGCUGCUGCUAUUUCGUCACUGCGUAUCCCCGCUGGUCUAGCGUCUGUCACCGACAUCAAUCUGAUCCUGAACGCAAUCAAACCUGCGAUGAUUUCAAGUCCGGUUCCUGUUAUCGAGGAUCGAACAUCAAGCGCUGCGAAUGUCCCAAUAGUGCACGCAUUAGAUUCACAGACCUUUUCAAAUGAUGAUCCAACUCUUGCCGCUGCCAUCGAUCUUUCUCCUACUUCAGACUCUGGCACGGAAACUGAUACACCUCCCGCGGCGAAUUCAUCAAUCAAGAAGUUAAUUGAUCUCGAUGUUGCUGCCACUGCUGUCGGUUCUACACCUGUUGCAGCUGUUGGUUGUGAGACUUUUGGCAAUUUUGAGCAACAAACCGUCGCUAAUGUCGAUUGA